AUCUUUCUAAGAUGUCCUCUUCUCUGCGUCAGGAACUCAGUACUCAACGGACCUGGGUUGGUCCCACCCUUCAUCAGCACUCACACUCUGGACUUGGAUGAUAUUGGAAUUUAUUUGCCUCCUGCACAUAGAGCAGUAGGAGAUAAAGGGCAAGUUCAAAGAUGUUAUAGUUCCACCCACAGCAGUUCUACACAGUUCUCCAUAGCUCUGCAGCACUUAAUAUAACAGUAAACAGUAUGGAGUUAUAAACAAAACAGACAAAAAUAAAACGUAAUCUGAAAUAUACAUUUCUUUAUGACAAGGUAGUGACAGUUCUAUCAGUGUCUAUGUUGUAUAAUAGCUUUCAGGCAGUAUCUAACAUUUCACAUGAAACGAUAUUUUUAACUUUUGGCGUGGAGCUACAACAAAAACUACUUACCCACAGCAGUUUUCCAUAACUCUGCUGCAGACUGUUUAAACUCAAUGGGCAAUAGCUCCACCAGCGCAACCAAUAAUAAGCACGAUCACAUUAACGCAGGAUUUACUUAAAGGACUUUCAAACUAAUGUUUAUAAUUACAGAAAAUGUAUCGUGUUACAUCUUCAAUUCUUCAUUAUGCUUGUUAUACAAAGAUCUGUUAUAAGUUUUCUUGGUGGGAUGUGGUAAGCAUGUUAGCGAUUCUGGGUUCUAUUCAGUCCUUGUAAUUUCCAUUUGUUAAUGCAAAGCAACUCACAGGUGCUUCUGUAACUCCCUCUUCUGGCCACAAGAGGUCUCUAAUACCCUGAGUAUUAAACUUUGCCCAUUUCACUACAUUUCCCAUUCACCCCAUAUCUGACACUGAUGAGCUGUUUCCCACUACCUGGACAAUUUAAGAAGUCAGACCAGUGAGGCUCUUUGUGAAGUUUUUUGAAGUGUUAAUAAAGAAUAAUUAAUAGUGUUAAUAAGCGAAUUUAUUUGCCUCCUGCACAUAGAGCAGUAGGAGAUAAAGGGCACGUUCAAAGAUGUUAUAGUUCCACCUACAGAGAAUGGCAAUCAGAAUAUAUAGGAGAAAUGCUUGGUAAGGCCGUAAGACUGGUAAUACUUCGCACUGAGCACAUGGAGGGCCUAUGGUUAUAAAGCUCUCAAACAGGAAAUGAACCAAGAAAAAGCAGAGGGGAUGAGUACAGCUAGUACUCAGGCGAGGGCUCCCUCUGUUGGCUAGGCAUUAUAGAUUGAUACUAACAGAGAUAAAAUAGUAACUAUGCAGCCUUCAGCUACAGUAUCACAUCAGAUAGUGCACUAUAGAUCCCUUGAGGCAAAAUUAUACUCAUUCUCUAUUAUAAGAGAGGAAGAAUUGUACAAACUUAUUAAAUCAUCUAAACUGGCAACACGUAUGUUAGACCCUAUUCCAUCUAAACUAUUAAAAGAGCUACUUUCAAGUCAUAGAUCCUAUUUUGACCAUUACUAAUUCAUCACUAUCAUUAGGAUAUGUCCCAAAAAACUUCAAAUUGGCAGUAGUUAAGCCUCUCAAUAACAGACCACAUCUUGACCCCAAAGACUUAAAAUGGUAAAUUAUACACCAAUCUCAAAUCUCCCUUUUCAGUCAAAGAUACUAGAAAAAGUAAUAUUCUCGCAUUUAAAUUCAUUCUUAAAAUGGUUUCUGUGAGAUUUUCAUUCAGACCAUACCGUAGUACUGAGACUGCUCUUAUUACAAACGACCUGCUUAUAUCAUCUAUCGUUAUUAGAGCUAUUAGAUCUUAGGGCAGCGUUCAAUACUAUUGAUCACAACAUUCUCUCAAAUAUAUUGGCCCGGUUCUGUCAACACUGUAUUGACUCCCAUUCAAACAACGGAUAGAUUUUAAAAACUUGUUAAGUACUUAUUAAGCCCUAAAUGAUUAAGCUCCCCAACACCUGAACAGGUUCUUUUCACAUUAUUGUCAGCACCCAGAUAUAAUAUUCAUCGGAGACCAGAACACCUAGAUGAGCUCCGUGGACCAAUCACCAGAACCAGAUGCACAUUCACAUACAAUAUGUCCUUUGCACAAUCCGACAUCACUGUGUUUAAAAUUUAACUGGACAUUAAGUGCUGGUAUCCGGCCAGAGGAGAACUGAUCCCAAAUGAGAUGUCUCCCAGGUUUUCUCCCAGGGUUUUUUUCCAUUCUGUAAUGGUUGGAGUUUUGGUUCCUUGCCAUUGUCACCUCUGGCUUGCUUAGUUGGGGCAUUUAAUUUCUAGCGAUUAUCAUUGAUAUCAUCACAGAGACCAUCUUUCCUAUUUUCCUAUCUGAAACUGUUCAGUGCUUUGAUACAAUCUGUAUUGUUAAAAGCGUUAUAUAAAUAAAAGUGAAUGAUUGAUUGAAUAAAGCUGCAAAUGAUAACAGACAAGGCACAAUAGUGGGGUUUAUAUGCUAAAGUUGUGUUUGAGAAGUUUGUAUUCAGGUAUUUAUAGUAUCAGGUCAGAUGUCAGGUCAGUUUUACAUGGAGAUGAGGAGUCUGAUGACUUGGGGGAACUGCCCUGCCAAUCUGCAGUCUGACCGUGAGGGUCUGAAUGCUUUUGUACCUUCUGCUGGUUGGUAGGAGGUUGAAGAGCUGAUGUUGAGGGGUUGGUGAGCGUGAUUUCACCAAGUACAAGAUGUUCUGGAACAACAUUCCAAUCAACCAAUCGGAUUUGAGGGAUAGGUUUUCAGCAAAUAUUGUUUAUCCAGCAGUCCUGGAUAAACAAUAAUGAGAGGUGUGUGGGGUUGCAUUCAAUCAUGGUGGCUUUCCAAAUGGAGCAGGUGGUCUAAAUUUCUGUGCUAGAGGAGAAAGAGACGCUGAUGAUUUUCAGGGGUCCUCACUAUCUGUUGCAAGGUCUUGCAGUCUUGCAUUUGUUACUUUUACUGUGUAUUUUGGAAGACAAUAAUUUGCUUUACCACCAGAUAGCACAGAUCCGUUCACUUUAUUACAAAAAUAGACUGUGCUUAAUUUAUAUUAUAUACAUCUAACAUGCUACAAUGCAACAAAUUCUUAAAACUCUGUAUUGUCUUUAUGAAAUUAUGCAAAUUUAUGCAAUUUGGUGAAUAAGUAAAGUAAAAAUGCCCACAUGACCAAAUAAUGUGGAAUGUGCACACAAACCCAAGUAGCAAUGUAUAAUUAUGGUCAAGGGUGGGAGCCCAUUGAAUUCUGGGACAGCUAAAAAAAGCCACUAAGAGAAAAGGAGCGAUACACAUUUAGUUUGGGAUCUAUUUGUGUCAUCUAAAAUGUUGCCUUUUAGUAUAAAAUGUGUAUGUUCUUAUUACAUAUUACUUGCAUUAGUUAUUGAAUAAAUGAAUUUUUUACUAAGCAUAUAUCAAGGCUAUCGCCUAUUACAAACAGUACACUUUAUGAUAUUCAAAUAUAAACAAUAGCACAAAUAUAUAGGAAUAAUAUAGUGAUAUAAAACAGAAGUUCUUAAGAUCAUAUGCUAUUACCAUUUUCCAAAAUUCUAUCUGCAACCGUCUCAAUCACUAUAUUGUUGCUGUUUAGUGGGAAUAAAAGUAGUUAUUCAAUUUGUGUUUGAAUAUGUAUGUGUGAGUUGAUAUAAUAAUUUCUUAAAAUGCAGAAAUUGUUCAGGUUAGGUUACAGUAUUUAAAAGGAAAAGUUUAUAGGGUACAUUUCUAAAACUAUGUAUAUGUGUAUAUGUAUAUGUGUAUCUGUAUGCAUAUGUGCAUAUGUACACAUCACUACUUUUAUUUCUGUAUCCUUUAUUAAUUGUAAAGGAUGUUUGCAUGGUUUACUUCUGACUUUUUGUCUCUUUUCCUUUGUCUGUAUUUGUGCCUCUGAUUUUAUUUCCCUUAACCAAUGUCUCUUUCUCACACUCCCUUUUUUCCAUUCCAAGGCCUUUGGAGUUUGUUCAACCAGCAUGUCCAUGCAGAGGAUGUGUGUGUAGACUUGGACUGGCAUGUCAAGACAAGACACAUGCACUGAGGCAACAUAUUUUGCGUCGUUUUCCGUCAUAAGUGCUCAUACCUUGAUUGACAUUUCAUAUUCUCAGGACAGCUAUUGAACACCCAAAGUAGUCUGCUGUAUUUUGCCUGUAUUUGAUAAUAUUGUUUGUGGCAGCUGCAACAACAUUAGCAAUAACACAAGAACAAGUGAAGAGACAAAAUCAUCAAACUCCUCUAAACAAAUCUGUGCUAACUUUGCCUACCCGUGCAGCAGCAGACAUGCAUGGUUCUGAAGAGAGUGCAUCUGGAAACAUGCUUCACAGGCUUAUGCAAGAACAUCUCAGAUAUGGAACAAGUGGAAUCAGAGGAGGUGUAGAAAACAACUCUCAGAUGCCAAGCAACCCCACAUCUACAGAAAACCUACUCCUUCAAAAAGAGGGUCAAGUAGCCUACGCAUACCAGCUUAUGCCCCUUCAGUCUCAGUCUCGACAGGAACCUCAAGGUCAGGAGCAUCAAGUGGACAGCAGCUCCAUGGAAAAAACUGGUGUGAGCCAGGGUGCAGGUAUAGCAGUCCAAGCAGACCAGACAUCACCUGGGUUUGACACCCUGGAGCUUCCAUCAUAUGAGGAGGCUAAAAUCCAGUCUAAACUUUACAGAGGGCAGCAAAGUGUGACAGACCUUCAGUCCCAAAUCCCUGGCCACAAUCACCGGAGUAUUCAAAAUCCAGAUGACAAUUUUCAACAAAAUCAGGACCAGGAAAAAGAUGGCAAUGAAAACAUUGUCUACCAAAGUCAGCUGCUACACAACUCGUUUCAGAAGAUGCAACAGUUGUCAACAAUGUCUGGCAGUGCUGCAAGCUCACAUUCCUGUCUGCCAUCACUUUCUAACACACACUCACUUUCUUCCCCUCCUUCUCUUUCAUCCUCUUGCACCUCUCUCUCAGCAGUUCCCAUGGAAGCUCUUUUGGAUGGUCAAUCAUGGGUUCAGCAAGGGGGCACUGGUGGCACAUUUCUUUGUGAUGAAGGUCUGGUAGAGUUGAAACAGGGUCAUGUUCGCUCUCUAAGUGAAAGGAUUGUGCAACUCAGUGUAGAAUGCAGUGGAGCUAGGCAAAGUGUAGGACCAUCUAAUUCACCUUGCACAGGAGGAACUACUCUUUGCAGGGCUGAUAGUACAGCAGAUUCUCUCUCACUAACUAAUAAGACCUCCAUGAAUACCCUACAACUGCCACCACAAUCCUUAAACUCUCCACAGUGUACUUUGGAUCAAAGAGGUCCUCCUCCAGAAUAUCCCUUUAAGUUCAAGGUACAGACUAUACUUUCUCCUACAUUACACAGCAACUCAGAUUCUCUGGAACAUGGCCACUUCAGCAGUGAUACCUUGACAGCUGCCAUGUUGGAGACAGCGCCACUUAGAAAUAUAGCAAGACAAUUUCCUUUGUCUACAUCGCAGCACCAAACACAGACCAUUCCCAUGACUUCUGAGCCUUGUAUCCUGCCAUCACAGGCUUCUCAGCAACAAUAUCAGGCUAUAUCCCUAUCUCAGUCACUAGCAUUUCCUUCAGCUCAGACUGGAUCUGUGACCCAGGGACUGUUUUCUUGCAUGGCUCCUUUUGGACAGCCUUUCCCAGGGGAAACAUUUGCCAAGGUAAACGAUGGCAAGCAGAUGCUGGAGACCCUUAAAGAAGAGAACCAAAACCUCAGACAAGAACUUCAAAAGCAAAAUGAGAUGGCCAGCAAAAUACAACGGUUGGAGUUAGAGACUGUGCGUCUGUCAGAGGCAUAUGAGAGUUUAGUGAAGAGCUCAUCCAAACGAGAUGCUCUGGAAAAGACCAUGAGGAAUAAGCUAGAGGCAGAGAUCAGACGUCUUCAUGAUUUUAACAGAGACUUGAGAGACCGUUUGGAGACAGCCAGUCAACAGCUAGCCAGUCAGGAGCUGAAGGGACAAGAAGACGGACACUUGUAUCUUUCACAGAGGAGAGAAAGCCUAAAAGAUCUGGAAAAAUUAGAGAUAGAGGCAGCCCAUCUCCGAUCAGCCAAUGAGGAUCAACGACGACACAUUGAGAUUUUAGAGCAGGCAUUAAAUAAUGCUCAGAGUAAAGCCCUUAAACUAGAGGAAGAGUUGAGUAAAAAGCAGAAGUAUGUGGAGCGGGUGGAGCGGCUGCAGCAGGCACUAGCACAACUCCAGGUCGCAUGUGAAAAACGUGAGCAGCUGGAACGACGUCUACGUACUCGUCUGGAGAGAGAACUAGAAUCUUUGCGAAUGCAACAGCGUGCUGGUGUAGGUGUACCUAUUAGUAAAUGUGAGUCUAGUGCUCCUGCACUACUGGAUCUGCUAAGGGAGAGAGAGGAAAGGAUUCUGGGAUUGGAGGCUGAUAUGACACGCUGGGAACAGAAAUACUUAGAAGAGAGCGCAAUGAGACAGUUUGCCAUGGAGGCCGCAGCAACAGCUGCAGCGCAGAGGGAUACAACUAUAAUCCAGCAUUCACGCAGUGGCAGUUACAGCGACAGCUCACUGUGGCUGCAUGAGGAUGAGAACAGGAUCCAAAGCAGUCGUCACUGUCAGGAAAUGGAACAAAGGAUGAAAGACUUGCAUGCUCAAUUGCUGGAGAAAGAUGCCAUGAUUAAAGUCUUACAACACCGUUCCCGUCGAGAUCCCGUCCCCCUGCGUCCUGCCCGCUCGGUGCCCUCCAUUUCCAUAGCGACUGGACUACACACACGUCAGUCAUCCCAGUCUGAUCGCAGAGACCAUCACAGCUGGAAAGAUGUUCUCCUGGGAAAAGACCGAGCAGAGCACAUCCUUCCCACUCUGCCCUGUCUCAGCCCUGCCUCUGUCUCUUCAUCUCUCCCUGCCUCCUCUCUUCCUCCAUUAUUCUCCUCUUCUCUACCUUCCUCUUUUCUCCCCUUCUUGGCCUCUGCAGGUUCAAACAAAUCAUUAAUAACCUCAUCUUCAUGUGUUCCCCGCUCCAGCACUUCCUCUCUUCCUCAAUCCUCUUUUUCCACAAUACCCUCUUCUUCCACAUUACCCUUGCCCUCAUCUGGCUCUCCUCUGCCUCCUUUAUCAUUCUCUCUCCCCUCCACUCCUCUCCUGUCCCUUCAUUCCAAAUCUGCCAGCAGGGACGGCAACAGUCAAACAGUACUGAAUCCAAGGACACUUAGCGCUGCAGCCUCCAAAAUACAAGAAAAGACAGAAUCUCCAUUCAGCCAGGCUGAAGGCCUAGAAGGUCAAGUACAGAAGAUGCCCCUACCUGACUUAGAUCUGGUGGAGAUCCUUAUCUGAAAGAACAACCCUGGAAGUAACAUUCCUACAGACAGGAGAGCACUUAAGAAAGAGUGAGAAAGUGAAGAACAAAAUAUGAAUGAGUAUAAGUUUGAAAAAGAAAGGAAG